GGAAGUCCUGUGCAUAUCUUCCAACAGCCGCUUUAAACAUGGCGAUUUUGUAUCAGAUCGCUUGCAGCUUGGUGCUGAGUGUGACCCUUGUCACGGCGGUGCCAGAUGCCAAGCAAGCCUUUGAGAAGUACAUCAAGGAUUUUGGUAAAAGCUACAAGGACGCAGCGGAGAAAGAGAUGCGCUUCAAGGCCUUCUCCGAGAACUAUGAGUAUAUCCUGGCUGAGAAUGUGAAGUUCUCUUCGGGCCAUGCCUACAAGUUGGGUUUGAAUGAUUUCUCGGAUAUCACGCCUGAAGAGUUCGAGAAGAAAUUGGGUAUGCGAUUGCGACCCAAGACACUGUGGCGUGGGCCAAAGAAAGGCACCCAUAAGGUGCGAAACAUCUCUCUGCCCGGUUCUGUGGAUUGGAGGACCAAGGGUGUUGUGACACCAGUGAAGAACCAGCAACAAUGCGGCUCUUGUUGGGCCUUCAGUAGCACUGGUGCUUUGGAAGGCGCCUGGGCUCUGGCCACUGGCCAAUUGGUGUCCCUGUCCGAGCAGCAGUUGGUGGACUGCUCCUCGAGCUUCGGAAAUGAAGGCUGCCAAGGUGGGGACAUGGAUGCCGCCUUUGAAUACGAAGAGCAGGCCUCGGUCUGCACGGAGAAGAGCUAUCCGUACACUGCCGAGGAUGGCAGCUGCACAGCUUCCAGUUGUACCGUGGGCAUCCCGGACCAUGACGUCACUGGCUACGUGGACGUGCAGGCCGAUGAUGAAGAAGCCUUGAUGGAUGCAGUGGCUCAACAGCCCGUGUCAGUGGCGAUUGAGGCGGACAAGCGAGCGUUCCAGAAUUAUCAGAGUGGCGUGCUGAGCAAGGUUUGUGGAACCUCCUUGGACCAUGGCGUCUUGGUGGUGGGCUAUGGCAGCCAGUGGGGCAAGGACUAUUGGUUGGUGAAGAACAGCUGGGGCGCUUUCUGGGGCGAGGAUGGUUACGUGAAGUUGGAGCGAGGCAAGCCCGGCGCCGGCGAGUGCGGCAUCAAGUCCGAAGCCUCCUAUCCCACCGUCUCCGGCAGCGCGCCGUCGCCGCCAACGCCGCCGCCAUCGACGGGGCACUAUGGGCAGCCGCCGUGUAAGAAGGACGAGUCGCCCCUCCAGGUGGUUGGGAAAGGCCAGGUGUGCACUCCGAGUUGCGAGAAUGGAUGCCCAACAGAUGUCCCCUCCGGAACCACCGCCCGACCGCGCUGUGUGGAUGACUACUGCGUCCUGAGCUGCUACUUUUCGGGAUGCCCAGCUGGUGCCAAGUGCAUUCACAAUGCAGGCCCUUUCGCGAUGGGCAUGUGUGUUUAUCCAACUGAGGACCCAGAAACUGAAAUCGCCAUUUGAAGAUCCAGAUCUGAAAUUGGAAUUUGAAGGCACGUCUUCCACCGCAAAUCACCUUUGAUUUCCAUGAUUUGACUUUCCGGCAUCAAACGCCUGGUGGGUUUUGGUGGAGACGUAGCCGACGUAGCCGUCCGGUCUGAUGAUGAGCAGUUGCUGAUUGAGCCUGCCACAUCGAUCUUGGUUCCAACAGCCAAAAA